GGAACAUUGACUUAUACAGCAUUCAUUUGGAAGAUGUGGAGGACCAAAUACAAUCCACCAUAGAGAUACAUUGUGUCCCCUGAAUCUUCAGUUAGACAAGUCUUAUUUAGAUACUUGUUUUCAAUGAUUGUGCUGCACAUGGCUGGAUUACAGAGUGAGGCCUGGAAAAUGAGGCCAUAUGUUUGGGCUGCAGGAAUUUUCCUCCUAUUAACAGUUUUCUCCACGGAGACAGAGUCUGUUGCGGUUAUGUCUAUUGAUAUCGGCAGUGAGUGGGUAAAAGUCGCCAUUGUGAAGCCUGGAGUUCCUAUGGAAAUAGUCCUAAACAAGGAGUCUAGAAGGAAAACUCCAGUAGCUGUUUCUCUGAAGGAGAAUGAGCGUCUUUUUGGCGAUAAUGCACUUGGAAUGGCUGUCAAGAAUCCCAAGGUUACAUUCCGCUACUUCCAGGACCUGCUGGGGAAGCGGGGAGAGAAUCCUCAGGUGGAGGCAUUCAAAACUAGGUUCCCUGAUUACCAGGUGGUUAAGGAUGAUCGCCGAGGAACAGUCCUCUUCAAGCUGUCUGAUGAGCUCCUAUAUUCUCCCGAAGAACUCUUGGGAAUGAUGCUGAACUAUUCCAGGUCUCUGGCUGAGGAGUUUGCAGAGCAGCCCGUGAAAGAUGCAGUGAUCACCGUUCCUGUGUUCUUUAACCAGGCAGAGCGCAGAGCAGUAUUGCAAGCAGCUAAGCUAACUGGCCUAAAGGUCCUACAGUUAAUUAACGAUAAUACUGCCGUGGCUCUGAAUUACGGAGUGUUCCGUAGAAAGGAUAUCAAUGCAACAGCACAGAAUAUUAUGUUUUAUGACAUGGGAGCCAGAAGUACAGUCUGCACCAUUGUAACGUAUCAAACUGUGAAGACCAAAGACUCUGGCACUCAACCACAGCUCCAGAUCCGAGGAGUGGGGUUUGAUCGUACACUCGGAGGACUGGAAAUAGACAUGCGGCUUCGGGAUCAUCUGGCUAAACUCUUUAAUGGUCAAAAUAAAUCAAAAAAAGAUGUUCGUGAAAAUCCACGAGCCAUGGCAAAGCUGCUCAAGGAGGCCAACCGUGUAAAGACAAUUCUGAGUGCCAAUAAUGACCAUAUGGCUCAGAUUGAGGGUCUCAUGGAUGAUAUAGACUUCAAAUCCAAGGUGACCCGCCAGGAUUUAGAGGACCUAUGCCCUGAUCUUUUCCUGAGAGUAGCAGCUCCUGUGCAGCAAGCCCUGAGCAUUGCAGAGAUGAACAUGGAUGAAAUAGAUCAAGUGAUCCUUGUGGGUGGAGCAACCCGUGUUCCCAAAGUACAAGAGCUGCUCCUUAAAGCUGUUAAGAAGGAGGAGCUGGGGAAGAACAUUAAUGCAGAUGAGGCAGCAGCAAUGGGUGCAGUGUACCAGGCAGCUGCUCUCAGCAAGGCCUUCAAGGUCAAGCCAUUCAUAGUACGAGAUGCGGCGCUUUACCCCAUACAGGUAGAGUUCACCCGAGAGGUUGAUGAGGAGAAUCAGAUCAAAAGCCUGAAGCACAAUAAGCGCAUACUCUUCCAGAGGAUGGCUCCAUACCCACAGCGUAAGGUUAUUACUUUCAACAGAUACACAGAUGACUUUGAAUUCAACAUCAAUUAUGGUGAUCUCAGCUUUCUGGGACCUGAGGAUCUGCAGGUUUUUGGAUCUCUAAAUCUCACUACCGUGAACCUUAAUGGAGUUGGGCAAAGUUUCCAGAAGCGAUCAGAUUAUGAGUCCAAAGGCAUUAAGGCUCAUUUUAACAUGGAUGAAAGUGGACUACUAAGUCUGGAUCGGGUGGAAGCUGUGUUUGAAACCACAGUUGAUGAAAAGCCUGAGCAGGAAUCAACACUGACCAAACUUGGAAACACUAUAUCCAGCCUAUUUGGAGGGGGAAGCUCCACACCAGAAAGCAAUGCCACUGACACUGUGCAGGAAGAUGAAGAGGGGCCAAAUGAGGCCACAAAGGAUGAGGAGCAGGAAUCGCCAGAGCCUGCCGGAGAGCAACAGGGAACUGGAAGCAAAUCAGAGGAAGAGAAACAGGAAGGGAAAAAGGAAGGAGAGAAAUCUGAAGAUCAGGAUGCCAAACAGAAGGAGGAGUCUGGAAAAGGAGACUCUGCAAAGACACCAGAAGAAGAGCCCAAAAAGCCAUUAACCCCCAAAAAGCAGAAGAUUGUUGAUGACAUUGAAGCACUUCAGACUGUGAAUGAUGUCCAAGAUCUUCUGGAAGAUGAGAUGAAGACAUCUACAAAGAAGCUCCAGGACUUGACUGACCGAGACAUUGCGAAGCAUGAGCUAGAGAAAGCCGCAAACAGUUUAGAAGCCUUUAUUUUUGAGACACAGGAUAAACUUGAGCAACGGGAAUAUGUUAAAGUCUCUACAAAGGCUGAAAGGGAAGAAGUCUCUAGUAAGUUGAGCCAGGUCUCUAACUGGCUAGAAGAUAAUGGAUACGCAGCCACUACCAAGGAACUGAAAGAGAAGCUUUCAGAGCUCAAGAAGUUGUGCAAGUCUCUGUUCUUCAAAGUGGAAGAGAGGAGGAAGUGGCCAGACCGUCUGAGUGCCCUUGACAGUCUGCUUAAUCACUCCAGCAUCUUUUUAAAGAGUGCACGAAUGAUCCCAGAAGAUGAUCAGAUCUUUACAGAGGUGGAGUUAACCACACUGGAGAAGCUCAUUAAUGAUACAUGGGUAUGGAAAAAUGAAACCCAAGCAGAGCAGAAUAAACUUUCCCCCACGGAGAAGCCAGUCCUAUUGUCCAAAGACAUUGAACAAAAGUUGGGAGCGCUGGACAGAGAGGUCCAUUACCUGCUCAACAAGGCCAAAUUCUCCAAACCAAAACCAAAAAAGAAGCCAUCAAACGCCACAAAAUCAGAAGAUGACAAGAACAGUACUGAGAGCAGCGAGAAGAUCAUCUCUCCUACUGAAGAGAGUACAGAUAAACCAAGUGAGCAGGAGCCUGUAAAAGAGCCGCCAACUGCAGAAGAAAAGAGUGAGAUUCCUGAGCUAGGAGAUUCGGAAGCAGGUAAUCCAGGGCACGCACAGGAAUUUUAAGGCUCUGGUCACAUGUGAGGAUGAUUCAUCAACACAGAAGUCUCCAGAGGCCUCAGAAGAUAACCACAAGACGGAAUUAUAACCUUCUCAUCCCGUGUUGGCAUACAUAUUUAUUAACAUUACUUUUUUUGUAAUGGACAUAACGACCGUUUCCUGCCAACAGAACUUUUUUUUUCCCCCCCACAAGACAAACUGCAAUUGAGAUGUACAUUUCUGUCCUGUCUGCACCAUUUUUAUUUUUUCUUGUCUAUUGUCCCAGGAAGGUUUCAUGUGGUGUCCACCUACAUCUUUCGCUGCCACAUGCGCUGGAUGGAAUAUCUCAUUUUAUUGCCAGAUCUGAGAAAGCAGCAUCCAUGACUUAGCACUUAAUUGUUCACUGUAUAACAGAGUUUUCUGAUUCUCCUUCUGUCUGACCAUUUUCUCUUGUAUCAGUUUUGAGCUCCCUGAAGGUAGAAGGGUUUAUAUAGAACCGUUUCUGACCACCUUUUAGAUCUUUUGGGACCAUUUUCAUUUUGGCCUCCUUCCUAAAGAGUUCUUUAGUAUAUGCUAGAAAUGUGUUAUAUGCAUAGAAAGACUUUAAGUGUUUGGUGUCACAAUGAAAAAUGUUUCCAAAAAAAAAAACAUUUAUAAUGCUGGGUCAUAGUAAAGGCCACACCCUUUGCCUACUAGAGAGGGCUACCGUGCAUUGUUAAACCAUGAGUUGCAGCACUCUUUGGUAGCCAUUUGGUUAAAAGAAAAUAAUGGCAACAUUUCUGAAUGCUAGUUUAGCUUUAUUUGUAUCAGCAUUAGCUGGAUAUACAACACACAAUCAUUGUUUAGAGAGGGGAAAUAAACACAGCUGUUUUUUGGUGGGUUAGGUUCUCUUACUCAGGUUAGCAGUUGCUUCUUCACAGAAUAAAAAUUCUUCAGGUUUUAGAUACAGCUUUGAGGUGAGAGUGCAAUUUACAUCACACUGUAGUCCAACAUGGAGAUCUGGGACGGCAGUAUGUUAAUCUGCUUUUCAAAGGGAUACAUAGUGUACCUGAGUACAUGUUAAUGCUACAGCUGGGCACUAUGGGAAAUAAUGGUUAAGGGAAUAUGACACAACAUCUCAGAAAACUGAAUCCUUCUGUUAUGAAUAUUAUAAAAUACCUUAUUUGUAAGGGAUUCAUGAUGUUCAUCAUUGGACCUUUUAGAUUCCAGAACUAAUUUGUCAUUAAAUUGUCUUUAUUUAUUAGCUUUGUUGAAAAAUUAUAUUUUGGUGUUUACUUUCCUAGAAAAGGGAGUUUGGGAUUGUGAAUUGUAUACACUGGGCAUGAAAGGGGUUUUAUACCUGAUAAAGCAGCUUGCAGGGUCCAGGUUGUGCGUGUCUUAUAGUGUUGUGGGUGGGUACCCCCUGUGAGCACAUCCUAUAGCCAUUUACCCAGAGCAAGCAACGGCAUCUAGUCAGAGGUUUAGCACUGAUGACCUGAAUACCUUGUACUGAUUUAAACAUAGAUGAUGCUAUGGUCACAACAGUGAUUAAUCAAUAUUUAUAUAUAUAUAUAUAUAUAUAUUAUACACGCCAGAUUAAGGGAUAUGAAACCCCAAAUUGUUCCUUCAUGAUUCAGAUAGAGCAUGCAAGUUUAAACAACUUUCCAGUUUACUUCUAUUAUCUAAACUACUUCCUUUCUUCGGUGUCCUUUGAAGAAAAGCAUACCUAGGUAGGCUUUAUGACCAUCAAUGCCUUGCUGGGAGCUAGCUGCUGAUUGGUGGCUGUGCAUUUAUGACACUUUUCAUUGGCUUGGCUUACCUGAUGUGUUCAGAUAGCUCCCAGUAGUGAAUUGCUGCUCAGCAAAUUAUACCAAGAAAAGGAAGCAAAUUUGCUAAUAAAAAAAAAAAAAUGAAAGUUGUUUAAAAUUGAAUCAUGAAUCAUGAAAUUUGGGGUUUCACGUCCCUUUUUUAAGAUGAAAAUAUUAGUUAUCAUAAUAAUGUUCUUUGAUUAGACAUCCAUUUUAUACUAAUUUCUACAGCAGUAAGCAGACCAUGUUAUAGUCUAGAUUCUCCAGGUGUACCCAGGUCUGUGACCCCUUUUAUAUUAAAGGGAUAGUCUAGUCAAAAACUUUCAUGAUUCAGAUAGAGCAUGCAAUUUUAAUUAACUUUCUAAUCUACCCCUAUUAUCAAUUGUUCUUCGUUCUAUUGGUAUCUCAAUUUGAAUGUAAGCUAAGUAGCCGGCCUAUUUUAGUUUCAGCACCUGGGUAGCGCUUGCUGAUUGGUGGCUACAUUUAGACACCAAUCAGAAAGCACUACCAAGGUGCUUAAUAAAAAUGGGCUGGCUACUAUGCUUAUAUUCCUGCUUUUUUAAAAUAAAGAUAUCAAAUUAUCUUCAUUCUCUUGCUAAUAGGAGUAAAUUAAGAAAGUUGCUUAAAAUUGCCUGUGCUAUCCGAAUCAUGAAAGUUUAAUUUUGACUAGACUAUUCCUUUAAGGAUCAUUACAACAUUCUUACCUCACUCCUCUAGACUAUUGGAGUCCAAAUCUGCUCUUUGGGAAGUGAAAAUAGGUUAACAAAACAAAGACAGAGCAAAUGAAAUAUUGUCCUGUUUGGACACCUUUGCUCUAGGGACUUCUAAACAAAGACCUUAUAUUGCAGUUCAAUGCACCAAACGACAGGUUGUUCCAGCAAACAACUUACUUGACCACUGUUUAUAGAAUGCUUUUGUGUUUUUUUUUGUUUUUGUUUCUUUAAAUAAUGACUGCAAAUUAAAUUUGGUUAGGGCCUUAAAAGCAACUUCUGCUCAAUUUAUGCCUUUCAAGGAAAUAAUCUCAAUGGAAACCAAUCUCUUGGCUGCAGGAUCACAGAGUUUGGCUUUAUGGUGGCUGAAGCAACAUUGGUGAAAGUAUCCAUAAGACUGUGAUAAUUCUACUUUUAUUGUUUCAUAUAUUUACACUGGCUCAGGGGGCUGGAAAGUGAUUGUAAAUCAAGACAGAAGGAAAGGUAAUACGCCGCAGCCUCCAUCUGACAUUCCUUCUUUGUGCUAUUUCUCCAAGUGCCAGGUCAUGGAGAGAAAAAAAUAAAAUUCUUUAUAUUAUUAUAAA